UUGAUUAUUAGUCACGAAGAAGCAGGAGAAAGAACCAAAGAAAUUGUUGACCCAAAUGAUGUUGGAGCGGUUUUAUCAGUCAAACACCGUUUAGGCCACAAUCAGAAUAAUUACAGUAGCAGACGCUUGGAGCAGCGAGGCAGAUUCCGUUCUAGAAGUAGAAGUAGAGAUGGUUCAGGAAGUCGUUCAAGAAGCAGAGAACAUAACAAUGCGUUUUAUCGUAGCGGAAGGGAACGUGAUUGGAAUGGACAUAGCAAUGCAGUAUGCAAUCAUUGCAAACGUGUGGGCCAUAUAAAAAAAAAUUGCUGGUUUCUUACCAAAAAUUCAGUUAAAUUCGUUAAACAAGAAGAAUCUGUUGAGGAAGCACCUUUUGAUAAAUUUAACCGCAUACGUAUAGACGAAGCUAGUGAUGAUUCGGAUAUAACCUGUAUGAAGAUAGGAGGAGCGAACAGGGUUAGCGAACCUUGUUUAAUAGAAGCCAAUGUUCAGGGUCAUAAACUUGAGAUGGAAAUCGACACUGGCUCCGCAGUUACGGUUAUUAGCGAACUAGUUUAUAAAAAGUUAUACCGUUCGUGUGCAAUAAUGCAGUGCAAUAAGAGGCUAGUUGUAGUCAAUGGAUCGAGGCUUAUAGUGGUUGGACAGCUACAGGUAGAAGUAAUGCUGAAUGGACUAAACAGUAUAGAGAAAAUGAUAAUAUUAAAAAGUGAUAAGGACUUCACGCCUCUCCUGGGGCGAGACUGGUUGGAGACCUUUUACCCUGAUUGGAAGUUAAAUUUCCAGAACUCAUCAAUCGUCAACAAUCUAAUACAAGUCAAAUUUCGAGAUGAAGCUUUGGGAUUUAAAGCUGAUUUGACACUUAAAUCAGAGCAACCGAUAUUUAAACGUGCCUACCAGGUUCCAUACAAACUAAAGGAAACUUUUUUGACUCAUCUUGACAUGCUUGAAGAGCAAGGGGUAAUUUCUCCUAUAAACGCCAGUGAGUGGGCGUCACCAGUGAUUGCAGUUCUGAAGAAAGAUGGGGAAAUACGUAUGGUGAUAGACUGCAAGGUGUCUUUAAAUAAGGUUAUUAUACCAGACACUUAUCCUCUACCGCUAGCGCAGGAUAUAUUUGCAUCACUUGCAGGAUGCAAAGUGUUUUGUUCGUUAGAUUUAACUGGGGCAUAUACACAGCUUGAGCUAUCCAAUCGUUCCAAGAAAUUCGUAGUGAUUAAUACAGUCAAAGGCCUUUAUACAUUCAAUCGUUUACCGCAAGGAGCAUCGUCUAGUGCGGCGUUGUUUCAGCAGGUCAUGGAUCAGGUCCUGAAAGGAAUCGAUGGCGUAUGUUGCUAUAUUGACGACGUCCUGAUAGCAGGAAAAACCUUGGAAGAAUGUUAUGACAAGUUGAUUCAAGUUUUAGAAAGACUGGCAAAUGCUAAUGUGCGCGUGAAUUAUAAAAAAUGCAAAUUUUUCGUAGAAUCCUUACCCUAUUUAGGUCAUUUGAUAACAAAAGAUGGAUUGUUACCAUCCACUGAAAAGCUUUCUACAAUUGAUAAAGCAAAAUCACCUCAAAAUGAAACUGAACUCAAAGCUUAUUUGGGAUUAAUUAAUUACUACAAUAAAUUCAUUCCAAAUAUGUCAUCAAACUUGAGAUGUCUUUACAAUUUGUUAAAAAAGGAUGAAAAAUAUUUAUGGACAAAGGAAUGUGAGGACUCGUUUCAACAGAGCAAGAAAAGUUUGUUGACAGCAAAUAUACUUGAUUUUUAUGACCCUGCUAAGCCUUUAGUAGUAGUAACGGAUGCCUCCUCAUACGGUUUAGGAGGGGUAUUAGCGCAAAUUUCAGAUGGAGUUGAAAAACCUGUCUGCUUCACUUCUUUUUCGUUAAAUACGGCACAGAAAAAGUAUCCAAUUUUGCACCUGGAAGCUCUGGCACUCGUUUGUGUGAUUAAAAAGUUUCACAAGUUUCUUUUCGGUCAAAAAUUUACAGUAUUCACUGACCAUAAACCUCUACUAGGAAUAUUUGGCAAGCAGGGCAAGCAAUCAGUGUACGUGACAAGAUUGCAAAGGUAUAUUAUGGAGCUCUCUAUUUAUAACUUUGACAUAGAGUAUAGGCCAGGAUCUAAAAUGGGUAACGCAGAUUUCUGCAGCCGUUUCCCACUUGAUCAAAAAAUUCCUAGAGGGGUAGAUUAUGAAGCUGUUAACAGUUUGAAUUUUACUAAUGAAUUACCUAUUGACUUCGCUUCAAUUUCAAAAGAAAUAAAAUCAGAUAAAUUUCUGACAGAAGUUAUAGAAUUUGUUAGGACAGAAUGGCCGAAAAAUGUGCCAAAGCAAUUUAGGAAUUGGUUUGCUGUGAAAGAGAAAUUAGAGAUGGUAGAUGACAUUCUUAUGAUGGAAAAUAGAGUAGUUGUACCUGAGAAAUUAAGAAAGGAUAUACUUAAACUAUUACACGACAGUCACAGUGGACUAGUCAAGAUGAAGCAGUUAGCUAGAAGAUCUAUAUACUGGCCAGGGCUUAACUCGAAUAUAGAAGAUUUUGUUAAAACUUGUGAACCGUGUAUAAAAAUGGCAGUUGUACCUAAGCCAAAAUCUAUGACAUCUUGGAUACCUACUAGUCGUCCGUUUAGCCGUAUACAUGCGGAUUUUUUUUAUUUCGAUAAGAAAACCUUUCUUCUUAUCGUGGAUAGCCAUUCAAAGUGGCUUGAAGUGGAAAUCAUGCGCUAUGGUACUAAUGCAAAAUCAGUCAUAAGAAAAUUCAUUCCACUAUUCGCAAGGUUCGGACUGCCAGAUGUGGUUGUUACAGAUGGUGGUCCGCCUUUCAAUUCUAACGAGUUUAUAAGCUUCUUGGAGCAUCAGGGAAUCAAAGUUUUAAAAAGUCCGCCCUACAAUCCUGCCAGCAAUGGGCAGGCAGAACGUAUGGUGAGGGUAGCUAAGGAUGUAUUAAAAAAAUAUCUUUUAGAUGAAAAGACGAGAUCUUUGGAUAUAGAAGAUCGAUUAAAUUUAUUCCUAAUCAACUAUAGAAAUAGUUAUCUUGGCACAGAAGGAAAGGUUCCUUCAGAAAACGUACUAAAUUUCAAGCCUAAAAUGCUUAUUGAUUUAUUAAAACCACCGAAAAACUAUAAACAUGAUAAUAAAUCAGAUAUGCCCUCUGGAAAGGCAGUGACUUUUGACGUAGGAACACUAAUUCCUGAUAAUUUCGAUAAGCUAGUGACAGGGGAUAAGUUGUUCUAUAAAAAUUAUAACAAAAAAGAUUUACAAAGAUGGUUGGAAGCAAAAUUUAUUAAACGAAUAAAUAUAAAUAUAAUAAAAAUGAAUCGCUAA